UCUCCCCAAGCCACACAGCACCUCGCGCGCUCAGUGUCGCGCCUCGCGCCUCUCCUCGUCGUGAUCGUCUGACUCCAAGGGCCACACUGCGCUUCGCGAGCGCUUGCUCCGUGCGCCAGCGAGAGAUCCGCCCUGCGCCCUCCACCCCCCUGAGCGCUCCCGUCCGUGCACUCCGCGCGCCGUCAUGUCGCGCGGCGACGACGUCGAGCAAGCCAAGGGCUCGAGCUCUUCGCAAGACGGCGUUGCCUUUCCUCGCAGCUCCUCGCCCACCUCGCACGGCGGCGAGCCCGGCGCUCGCCAUGCCCGCACCCGCACCUCCUCCUCGGCGCGGCGUCGCUCGCUGCAGGCGCCCAUCCUGGACCCGCACAGCUCGACGGGCGCCAGCGCUCAGAGCCCGCUGGCCAAGCUGGGCAUCAAGGGAGACGGACUGAUGCUCUUCGUCACGUGCUUUGCGAGUCUGGGAGUGCUGCUGUUUGGGUAUGACCAGGGCGUCAUGUCCGGCAUCAUCACGGGUCCGUACUUCAAGUCCUACUUCGGUCAUCCGACGUCGUACCAGAUCGGCACUAUGGUGGCGAUCCUGGAGGUAGGCGCCUUCAUCACCUCGCUGGCCUGCGGCACGCUGGCCGACAUUCUCGGGCGUAAGAAGCUGCUCUUUGUCGGCGCACUCGUGUUCUCGACGGGCGGCGCGAUUCAGACCUUCACCACUGGCUACGGAAGCAUGGUCAUCGGACGCAUUGUUGCCGGGUUUGGCGUGGGUGUGCUGAGCAUGAUUGUGCCGACGUACCAGUCUGAGAUCUCGCCCGCCGAGAACCGCGGUCGCUUGGCCUGCAUCGAGUUCACCGGCAACAUCGUCGGCUACUGUCUCUCUGUCUGGGUCGACUACGGCUGCUCCUUCCUCUCCGGCGACAUUUCCUGGCGCCUGCCUCUCUCGCUCCAAGUCAUCGUCGGCCUCAUCCUCGCCUUUGGAAGCCUGCUGCUGCCCGAGAGCCCACGCUGGCUGCUCGACCACGAUCGUGACGAAGAGGGCAUGCGCGUGCUGGCCGAUCUGCACGGCAGUGGUGAUCCGACGGCGGAGCGCGCCAAACUCGAGUUCAGAGAGAUCAAGGAGAACGUGCUCUUCAUGCGCGAGCAGGGCGAGCGCAGCUACCGCGCCAUGUGGAAGCGCUACCGCUACCGCACCCUCAUUGCAUGCUCCUCGCAGGCAUGCGCGCAGCUGAACGGGAUCAACUUGAUUAGCUACUACGCCCCCCUCCUCUUCGAGGCUGCCGGAUGGGUCGGGCGCGAUGCGAUUCUCAUGACUGGCAUCAACGGCAUCAUCUACGUGCUCUCCACCAUCCCGACGUGGUUCCUCAUCGACCGCCUCGGCCGACGCGUCAUCCUCAUGAGCGGCGCGCUGAUGUGCGCCCUCGCACUCUACGCCGUUGGCUUCUUCCUCUGGAUAGACGCCAGCUACACGGCCAAUGCCGUCGUGGGGAGCGUCAUCGUCUUCAACGGCUUCUUCGGCUACAGCUGGGGCCCUGUGCCGUGGAUGUAUCCCGCAGUGAGCUUGGCACUCGCGUUCCGCGCAAAAGGCACGUCCUUGGCGACGGCCACAAAUUGGGCCUUCAACUACAUCGUGGGCGAAGGCACUCCGGUGCUGCAAGACCUCAUCAAAUGGCGCCUGUACCCGCUGCACGGCACGUUCUGCCUCGGCUCCUUCGUUCUCGUCUACUACUGCUACCCCGAGACUAUGGGCGUGCCACUAGAGGAGAUCGACAGUCUCUUUAAUGACAAGCCAAGCUCGGUGCCCCAGGACGAUUCAGACUCUUCCGGCGACGAAGAGGCAGCAGAGACACGUCCUCGCCGGCCGCUGCGGCGCUCCAUCUCUUCGCAUCCACGCUUCGAGGAUGACUCGCUGCGUGCCGCGCGCAAAGCGGCACGCGCACACGAGCGCGAAGUGCGCCGUCAGCAGCGAGGCGGCAUUGUGCCGGGCUUUGUGAAGCGGCUGUUUGGACCUUCCACUCGACCGCAAGUCGGAGAGUAUGAGCCAGUGAGAGGCGAUGAGCAUUAGGGACUCGGGCCCCCCAUUCCACUUGCGCGCGUAGGCCACUCUGCGCCGCAUGCGUCUUCCUCCUCUACCUCUCGCGCCGCCGCGCCUCGUCGUUCGCACGACUCUCUCGCCUCGCCCUUUGCUUCGUCCGACGAUGAGCAGUCGCAGUUCAUCCUCGGCGACGCAGAUGACGCUGGUGCGAGCACGACAGACGAGCAUCAGCCUGCUGCUGCAAGGCGCGCUGAAGCAAGCGACGAGGAAGAGGAAGACGACAUGGAAUGGGAGGGCCGAAGGGUGCCGCUGCUCUCUCCGCCUGCAGCUUGAAGACUCUCGCUCAUCGAAGCGAGACCGACACACACACACACCACAUACAGACUUGAAGCGAAUCGUACAUCCGUCACCGAC